UUAGCAAGCACAAUCAGUUCGUUCACCACCACCUCCACCUACACCACCAAAAAGGCUAAGGUAUUAUAACCGAAAUCGUUAUUUGAACUUUCCAAAGGCUCACACCAGUAGACAAACAAGGAUCUAAAAAAAAAAAAAAGGUUCCGGUUUUCCUUGAGCUUUAAUUUUAUCUAUGUCUAUUUCUUCUGAUACUUCAGGGUCAGUUCCAGGUUCACCAAUUGAGCUAGAGCCCGAGCCCGAAACGAUUUGUCGGUGGCAAGGAUGCAAUCAAGACUUGUUCACGCUUGACAAUUUAGUACAUCAUAUUCAUAAUGGUCAUAUUGGGAAUCGUCGGCCUAAAUACACUUGCGAAUGGGAUGAUUGUCCUAGAAAAGGACUGGUGCAGACAUCAAGAUUUGCCCUCAUAGCUCAUUUACGAUCGCAUACCGGAGAAAAACCAUUCAUCUGCUCAAUUCCAGAAUGCGAUCGCUCAUUUACCCGUUCUGAUGCUUUAGCAAAGCAUAUGCGGACGGUGCAUGAGGCUGAUACACUUCGCCCUUCUGACCCAAUUCCAAAAGCGCAUCCGAUGCAUCCUCAAAAUGUCGCCAAUGCCAUGGUACAAAGUGCCAGAGAGGCUAGGGCGCAGCAGCAACAGCAGCAAAGUACUGGAAUUCCAAACGAAAAUAUGGAAAACUGGCUUGAUGCAGCUGCUAUGCCAAAAACCCCUCACGACAUGUAUCAUUUACAAAAGCUUAAACUUCGAUGGGUGAAAGAGGAACGCGCUAUGUUGAUUAAGCAUUUAGAAAAUCUCAAUAUGAAGUCGGAACAAGCUCGUAAUGAAAAAGAAAGAGCACUAGAUAAACUCGUACAAUUUGUGGAUCCUUCUAUACGCAGGUAGUAACAACCGCGUUCAGAAAAAAAAAAAUUUAUUUAUAAAUAAAUAAAUUGAGGGCCUCUCCCGUGGGACAUAAAAGAUAUUUAGCAUUUGACGUUUGUUCUACUUUUAAAUUUUAUGGUUGUUUUCCAUAUCUCAUGUUAAUAAUAUAUUUUUUAUUUUUUC